AUGACGUUGACCUGUCGCUUCUAUGCCAAUGAAUUCCCCGAAGUGGAGGACACGGUGGUGGUGAAGGUCCACAAAAUCGCCGAAAUGGGCGCAUAUGUGACACUGUCCGAGUACAACAACAAGGACGGUAUGAUCUUGCUGUCCGAGUUGUCCAGACGCCGUAUCCGGUCGGUGAACAAACUUAUUCGCGUCGGUCGCUCCGAAUGUGUGGUGGUAAUCCGAGUGGAUAAGGACAAAGGUAAGAUCUUUUCGAUUUUUUUUUGUUUUCUGCUUUUAGAGAAACUAUGCAGAAGGAUGAGGAUGAUAAAGCAUCUUUUUGCAGGAUACAUUGACUUGUCGAAACGUCGGGUUUAUUCGAAGGACCUUCUGCAAUGUGAAGAACGCUUCGCUCGAGCCAAAGCCAUCAACAGCAUCCUCCGACACAUCGCCGAACAGCUCGGCUACACCACGAAUGAGGAGCUGGAGCAGCUGUACGAGAAAACUGCCUGGCAUUUUGAUCGGAAACUCAAGAAAAAGGCCGGAGCUUACGAUAUCUUCAAGAAGGCCUUGACGUAAGUUUAGAUUGAGGUUUUGAAGGGGUUAAUGGAUGGAGACGGAUGAGGUUUUGGUAGCAGUGUGUUCGAUAUGACUUGUAGUUACUAGAAAACGUCAGUUCUCGUGGAAUUUCUGGGCACUAAAGAUAUUAUAUUACACUUGACAUCAGAUAAAAAUUGAUGAUUUUUAUGGUAAAGUGGAAGGUUAGAGGUGGUCUAAGUGGCUUGAAAAGCGGUGACAGGGCUGAUUGAGUAUAGAAAUGACUUUAUUUGAAAAUUUUGGGGGAUUGCGGUAUAUUAUACUACACUUGACAUCAAAUGAGAAUUGAUGAUUUUAUAGGUCGAGUACAAGAGUAUAAGAUUGACAAUUAGCUUUUUAAGGAUUAUUGGGAAAUAAUAACUCUGAUAAAACUUGUUUUCCGAGGUAUCAUGAAUUUUUGUCUCAGAUAUUACACUUGACAUCAAUAACUCAAAAAUUCACUUUUAGCGACUCAACUGUCUUUGAUGAGUGUGAAAUUGGUAACGAUGUGAAGGAAAAGCUCUUGGAAGAGAUCCGCAAGAAGCUGAUGCCACAGGCCUUGAAGAUCCGCUCGGACAUUGAAGUUAGUUGUUUUUCGUACGACGGAAUCGAAGCCGUCAAAACUGCAUUGUUGGAGGGAAAGAAGUGCUCAACGGAACAAAUGCCAAUUAAGGUGAGUAGAAGCACUUUUUGAUUUGUGAUUUGGCUUUUAGAUCAAUCUGAUUGCGGCUCCUUUGUUUGUUGUCACGGCCCAGACCACGGAUCGGGAAGAGGGAAUGGAGGCGGUUAACAACGCCCUGGACAAGAUUAAACAGUCAAUCGAGGCUUCAGGAGGAACCUUCAAGUUUGUCAUGCCGGUGAGUCGAGGAUCAAGGAGAUUGGUCAGGGCGCAGCUUGCCAAAUUUUGGAAAUUUGGGAAAUUGAUUGUAGUAGAGGUUACUGUAAUUUGUGAGAUGUGAGAAGGGUUUUUAUGAAAUUUUGAUAAGUUUGGAAGAGCUGGGUGCCUUAGGAAUCAUGGAAAUAGAAAUUUUUUUUCGAUUUUUUUUUACUUUUUUAUAAAAUUUCCCGUUUUUUUACCUUCUUUGAUCGUUAUGAUCUGUUCUAAUCGCUUGAAAAUUAAUUUUUCCCCAUUUUUCAGCCCAAAGUGGUCACCGACCUCGACGAGGAGGAGAUCAAAAAACGCAUGGAACUGCUCGGCCUCAACGAAGAAAACGCCUCCGACUCGGGCUCCGAAGCCAGCGACGACGAGGGCCUGGUCGCCCCCAAAGGCCUCGACCAAGAAGCCGACGCCUCCGAAGCCAUCCACGGCAAACGGCCGGUGGAAGCCGCGGAGGACUCGGACUAA